CCCAUACUGAAACAUACCCACGACAACACCAUUAUCUCAACAUGGCCCCAACCACCCUGGCCACGGUCGAUCACGACCUGAAAGACAUAAUUCAGCACCUGUUCGAGAUCCAAUCCGCCGUCCACGGCUACCUCGGCCCGGAGACCCAACAAGAGCUAGUCAGAAAGAUCAAAAACCUCACUCUCUCCCUCCAAGCCCUCCAAACGCACACCUCGGACUCGAAUCCAGACGCGACCUCCACCGCACCCACAAGCAACCCCCAAGACCCACCGCUGGGCAGCGUCCAACUCCCGCCGGAGAUCAUCGACUACGUGGACGCGGCGCGCAACCCGGACAUCUAUACGCGCGAGUUCGUCGAGCUGGUGCAGCGCGGCAAUCAGGAUCUCAAGGGCAAGAAGGAGGCGUUCCGCGGGUUUCGGGAUGUGUUGGCGCGGGAGAUUCGCGGGGCGAUGCCCGAGUGUCGCGGGGAGGUGAAGAGGGUGAUGGAGAUGACGGGUGGGGAGGAUCAAUGAUUUGAUUUUGGUUUAGGAGGUGGCAGGGGCUACGGAGAUCGAUGAUCGGGGUGAAAAGUUAAAAUAUCCCGAUGAAGCGGCAAUCUGUGAUCGGAUAUGGGUUAGGAUGGGAUUGGGAUUUGUUUUUUUCUAGAUGGCGUUGCUGGGAGGGUGUGCUGUACUGUACAUAUAUCAUGGCGUUUCAUGUUCAAGGCGCCCGGGCUUGCUUAGCUUAGACGUGUUGGUUCAUCACUGCCGAUCAUUGACGAUACCAGGACAGCAGGGCAGUGCUGGGGACGGCAGG